AUGUUGUUCUUGAGAAAAAAGGCCACCCAAGUAUUAACUCUUCAAGAUUCAGGGCCCCAACACCCCAUUUACAUCGGACCACCAACACCACCACAAACAAAGGUUCGAAUCCCCCUUUCCCACCGGUCGAAAAUCGCUUCUCCUUACAAGCCCAACAUCCGAUUGACGGGUUCGAUUCUCCUCUUAUGGUUAUAUAAAGAAGAGAUCGAAAACAAUGGUGACAUAUGGGCUUUGGAGCAGAAGAUCGAUCAACCAAUGGACGAAGAGGCUGGUAGUACAGCUCUUCUGUUUUUCCUUGGUGAACAAGGUACAGGUACAACUGCGAAUAUCACCCAUUACAUAUUCAACAGAAGUAAAGGAAAAAAAGUAAUUGAUGAAGAUCCUGAUUUGGAGGAAGAUGAGCAGCUUGCCAUGGCUAUACAAGAAAGCUUGAACAUUAACAUGAACUCACCACCACGAAAUAACCAUGGAAGCAUGAUAUGUGCAGGUUGCAAUGGUGAAAUUGGUCAUGGGAGGUUUUUAAGCUGCAUGGGAGGCGUUUGGCAUCCAGAAUGUUUCCGUUGUCAUGCUUGCAAUAUUCCAAUAUCUGAUUAUGAGGUCCAACUCUACUCCAAUUCUUUAACAAGUUUUCCAUGUCUGACAACCGUCCGUUCCACAAAUCAUGCUAUAAAGAACAUCCUCACCCAAAAUGCAAUGUUUGCAAUAACUUUCAAAGACGUAGGCUUAGUGAAAGAACUCAUGGAUGAUUGUUUGACUAGUCAAAUCUCCAAUUCCCUUCGUCCACACGAUGUUGUUUCUGCAUUGGGCCCCAUGUAUGAAGGUCAUGACAACAAUGGAUGCAAAAAAUUGCAGUCUCAAAUCAACCACUUGGAAGGCACUAAAGAUGUGCAUCCUCAGUUCAGUCCUUGA